AGAGGAAGAUGAAUUCUAAUGACUAACCAAUUCAAAUGUGGAGGAGAACGAAGCCAGCCGAAUAGUUUGUUGAUCCGCUAAAAAUUAACCCUAGAAGCUCGAAAAGACAGAUGCGGAGAAGAAGAAGAAGUUGAUCUGCCAAAAAUUAACCUAGAUGCUGUGGCAGCUUCAAAAAGCUGCAGUGAAUGUGUGGCGUGUAAAAUGAGGCGCCCCUACUCUUUCGCAUAGCUUGAAAGAAACGAAACACUGAAAUUAUAAAAAAACCCUUUUAAGUUAACAGGUAAGCAUACAUGUUGAUCCCAACUCCUCCCUCAAAAUGUGGUUUAUUAAUAGUAGGAAUAAACCACAGCACUAAAUUAGAACAACGACUAAACAUUAGCUCAAUUCCCACUACCACCUGUAAAUUCAACUCCGAAAAUUCUCAUCGGAGACGCAGAAUAAUUUUUUAGUCCUAGGGUUUGCUAAUCACUUUGUCAUCGCCGGCUAUGGCGUUACAAACCGGAAUAGGCUUAGGCAGAAUCAUCUUCAUUGUCGGUGCUGGGUAUACUGGUACUGUGCUGUUCCAAAACGGUAAAUUAUCUGAUGUAUUAGGCGAGCUUCAGAACUUGAUAAAAAAUUAUGAAAAAUCAGGGGAGACAGAUGCUGGAGAUUCAGAUGUUAUGGCUGCACAGGUUUGUAGGCUGGCAAUGGAGGUUCGACAAUUGGCUUCUGCACGAUCAAUUACUGUUCUUAAUGGAAAUUCUACUGGUAACUUGACAUCUCUUAUCGUGCCAACUGCUGCAGUAGGGGCGUUGGGUUAUGGAUAUAUGUGGUGGAAGGGUUUAUCAUUCUCUGACCUUAUGUAUGUAACCAAAAAGAAUAUGACAAAUGCCGUUUCAAAUUUGACAAAGCACUUGGAGCAUGUUUCUGAGGCGCUUGCUGCAACAAAGAAACAUUUGACGCAGAGAAUUCAGAAUGUCGAUGGGAAAUUGGAUGAUCAAAUGGAGAUGUCAAAACUACUAAGGAAUGAGGUUAAUGAUGUGCGUGGUGAUCUGUCACAAAUUGGUUGUGAUUUGGAUGAAUUACAGAGAAUGGUUUCUGGUCUGGAUGGCAAGUUAGUUUCCUUAGAAGGCAAACAGGACUUCGCAAAUGCUGGUGUCAUGUACCUGUGCAAUAUAGUCAAUGGAAAAAGGGUGAAGAUGCCUGAUACACUUCAGGAACAACUUAAAAUUGUGGGCAACUCAACACCUAGUCUCAUGGGCCUUAAAGAACUUGCGGACUCUUUACCACAAGGAAAUUCUAAUAGGUAUUUAACUGAUGGCAUUGCCCAAGAUAAUCCUGAUAAGUUAAAAGAUCCACCAAGAGGCUUAAUGAGGACGGCUUCUACCAAGUGCUGAUUCACCCGUAUGAAAGGAAAUAUCAUUUGGUUGUUUCUGUUUUUUCUUGGAGUAUCAGGGCACCGCUGGGCUAUUUUCUUUUUUUCUUGGGGGGGGGGGGGGG